GGCCAAAUUCUGUUAAGAAGUUAAACUUCCCUCUUUUAUUCCGCCAAACUAACACAAAACAAACAGUUCAAACCUCAAUAGCAAAUUAACAUGUUAGCAAACGUUUACAGCGUAACUAUCACUUCAACGCGCUCUUUUGGUUUUCCCUUAACCAUUGUACAUAUAAAUCAAUAUUUCUUCCUCUCUUUUAAUCACCAUCAACUCUCAUCUCCUUCUGCCCCCAAAAUGUUUCCUCUUUUCGGAAAUUAGUAUUCAAUUUCCCUUUACUUCUGUUACUAUGGAAUCAACGACGUCGUAUUGGUGUUACCGUUGCAGUCGAUUCGUUCGGAUUUUUAACCGAGAUCCCAUCGCUUGCCCCGACUGCGACGGCGGAUUCAUCGAAGAGAUCGGUUACCAUCCUCACGCCGAAUCCCGUCGCCUCGGCACCAAUAGAUUCCAAGCUCUCUCCAGGUAUACCAGCUCUACUCCUGCUUCCACUAGUCGGUCUCCUUUCAAUCCCGUCAUUGUCUUACGCGGCGGAGCCUCCACUUCCUCAACCGCCGGGGAGAAUUCUAAUGUUGAGCAUAGCAGGGGAGGGUUUGACCUUUAUUACGACGACGGUGGUGGGGCAGGUCUUCGACCCUUACCCCCGACUAUGUCGGAGAUUCUAUUAGGUUCGGGGUUUGAGGGACUACUUGACCAGUUAUCCGAAAUGGAAAUUCAGAACAUCGGGCGUUACGAAAACCCACCGGCAUCGAAAGCGGCGGUGGAAGCAAUGGCAACGGUGGAAAUAAACGAAACCCAUAUUCUCAACGAACUUCACUGCGGGGUUUGCAAGGAGCCAUUCGACUUGGGAACCCAAGUCCGAAACAUGCCCUGCAAUCAUUUGUACCAUUCGGAGUGUAUACUCCCAUGGCUUGAGUUACGAAACUCAUGCCCCGUUUGCCGGAAUGAAUUGCCGGCAGAAACCGGUGGUAGGUAUGCGGAGGAGGGGUUGAGUAUUUGGAGGCUACCGAGUGGAGGGUUCGCGGUGGGAAGGUUUACAGGCGGAAGAAUGGGAAGGGAGAAUAGAGGGGUGAGCGUCAGAGGGGAAAGAGGAGGGGUUCUGGGAAGGGUGUGGAGGAAUGUGGUGGGGUUAUUUGGGGGAUCAAGUUCAGCUGCUGCAACAAGGCUGGAUUCAGGGAUAAGUAGAAGCAGUAGGCUUUCCUUUAAUGCUACUUCAAGGAGAAGAAGAGGUUGGGCUGUUGAAGUUGAUCAUGACAGAAGAAGAAUAUGGUAAUUUUUUCUCAAUUAUCACAAAAUCAUUGUAAAUUAUGAUAUCUUAUUUGAUUAGGAUUCGGGUUCUAUAUAUCUUUGGAUAUAUAAUAGGAGUAUAUAUACCAGCUUAUGAGGUUCAGAUUGCUGCAGUAGACAGUAAGAUAUUAACUCAGCUAUGAUGUAGUAGAUUGAGAUAAGAAGAAUAAAUGCAAAGGAGAUGGAUUCUUUUUUUAGCAAAUGAUCAAGCCUGUAUUUUCAUUUCCCUUGUGAGGGUCAUCUUUUAGCUUUAUUGGAGUGAAUGUGGAUGUUUAUUGGGGAAUGUCAUGAUCCUUGAAUUCACCCA